AAACACGUCUUCUAAUAGAGAGAAAAAGCUCGAUGAAAUCUGAUCCUUGAGACGUGCGCUGGUCUUUCCUACUUUACAAACAUCACUUUUAUCAAUCUCACCAACAACAAUAAGCACUAUUGAUUCACGCAACGGACAUACCGGCAACGGCUGUUAUUUUGUAAAUAGACGACCUCGCAGACACGUACGACUACCAACGCCUCARCCAUUGGAUGUGYUUUGAAAACAACUGAACGGAAGAACCUGUUGCAAGCGAUUUGAAAAAAGAACCUAGAAAAACAAACAAAAAAAACUGAACAAGUUGUCUUCUCUUUUAAGGUGAAUAGAGAGCACUAGACUGAUUGCAAACAGAUGCUAUUAGUUAUUACUGUUUAUUACUAGUUGACUCGGAAAGCCAAGAUGCCCAGACACAUGGAGAGUAGAAUUUCUCUCCCCGUAUAAAAAGAGUUGCUGCUUGAAAAGUACAGCUGAAAGUACAACAUGCAUUUACUAAACUGAUAGUCUAGUCGGUAAACUCCGUCAAGAAUAAUCACCAACUAACAUCAAGAAAAGACCUUUUUCAAUGCGUAUAUUUUCUCCACGUUACGCACAGUUUUGAAGAAAGAAAAAAGCGCAUCGAAGUAGCAUUAUACACCCAUCAAACAUCGACAACUGAAUCUGGAUGUGCGUGAAAUUCAAUUCGACAGUUUUUUGAAGUUUUGCCAACGGUUUUCAUAAUUUUCUCCCGCUGAUGUCGAUACGUUUUUGAUGGUUACAAUUCAUGGCAGCUCACCAAUCUUCAGUUCCUCGUCGUCCACGAGCUUCAACUUUCACUGCAUUAAGUGUUCCUUCACCAGACAUCGGUAGAAGACCUGGUCUGAGUAGAAGGCGUUACUAUGGAUCCCUAGAAACGCUCAACACUUUGAACACAAAGUACGAGUCCUCAGGGAUCACACCCAAGUUCAGAAUUGAAAAUGAUGAGCUCUGUGGACUACCGAGCGGCAGCCUUGGUUCCAGUCAGGGGAGUGUGGUUCACCUGGAAAACCCUGAAUUCCAGACACGAUGGUAUUUCAAGUAUUUCCUGGGAAAAGUUCAUCAAAACUAUGUUGGUGUUGAUGGAAAACAGAAUCCUUUUACUCUUUCUUUAUGUCUUACUGACGCCGACAAUUACGGAGCACCGCAAUAUCGAGUCAUCUUAUGGAAAAAGACGGGAAGUGAAAAAAUUUGCGUUCCGUAUUCAGCAAACAAACCCGUUUCUGCAAAGGUCAUACUCCAAUUAUUUGGUAUUGAGAAAUGUGAUAAAGGCCCUAAAGAAGUGUUAAGUCCAGAAUUCCAACAAGAACUUUUGAUUCUCGAGGAACAAGAGGGCUCUGUAAACUUUAAGUUUGGAGUUCUUUACGCCAAAUCAGGACAGACAAGUGACGACGAAAUGUUUAGCAAUGAGACGGGAAGUGAAGACUUCAACCGAUUCUUAGGUUUGCUUGGAGAUCGGAUUACUCUGAAGGGAUGGCGAGGAUACCGUGGUGGACUGGAUGUUAAAAACGAUAUGACGGGUUCUCAUUCUGUUUUCACGAUUUACGAGGGACACGAGAUAAUGUUCCACGUGUCUUCACUACUYCCUUACACACCCGACAACCCUCAACAGGUUGAGCGUAAACGUCACAUCGGUAACGACAUCGUCACCAUUGUAUUUCAAGAUACCGAAAACGAUAMCGAAAARCCAUCGUUCACACCGAUGGGGGUCAAGUCCAAAUUUACUCAUGUGUUUGUGUUAGUCACUUACAAUAGAACAGACGACAGUUACAGAGUAACGACGUUCACAGAAAAGAAUGUACCAAUAUUUGGGCCUCCCCUACCUUGUCCCACAGUUUUCCACAAUCAUGAAGAGUUCAGGAAUUUCUUGCUUGUAAAACUUAUUAACGGYGAGAAAGCUGCAUACUCGUCACCAAUCUUCAGUAGCAGACGACAGCGCACCCUUGACAGUCUGAUCACAAGAUUAUGUCAAGAUCACAUGCAUGAGAAAAUUGGUGCACGUAAGUCGUGGGGAGACGCCAUUUCUGAUCAACCGCGUGGAAGCAAACGAAAAGAAAAAGAACGAGAACAGCUCUUCGUGCAGUUUGGUCAGUCUCUCAAAUUAAAAACAAUAGUCAAAGGUGACGCACCCACGAGUCUCAUAAGCACAACAGCUAAUGUCAAGUGCGAGCCAUGGCAACCACAAAAUAUUUAUGAAGAUUUCCCUUAUCGGAUAUUAUGCGGUGAUUCUUGGGGGGAUGCGUUAGUUUUAGGAACAGAAGAUGGUAUUUAUCUCGUCCAUGGCGACAGAACUCGUCAGUUAUUUGACAAAGGCAUCAUAGUGAAGCAACUAAGUAUAAUGGAGGCUUAUGGUUUGAUGUUAUUUCGUCUAGAAAAAGGAAAAGAGUUUCAUAAUUCUAGAGUUUGUGUUUUUAAACUGGCGGACUUUGAAGAUGAGGAACAACCAACCAAGGUUAAAUAUGACUGCAAACCGCACAAGCUUCCAAAAACAAAAGGGUGCCAUCUCUACUCCAUUAGUAACAUAAGCGGCAGCCACCCUCUCUUCUUAGGCGUUGCGUCUGGACGAAAAGUGUUGCUAAUGAAGUGGAAACACCAAGUGGUUUGGAGCACGUGGGCUGGAACAACAUGUACACGAGACCUAAUUGAUGGCUUUGCUGUCAUAAAGGAAGUGACAGUUGGUGAUGCACCAUUACUGAUGACCGUGUUCUUAAGUCAAUCUAAAGACGCGUUUAUCUGCGUUGGCUUCAAAAACCACUUUGACGUCGUUCACCAGACGGGCGAAACUACUCGACUACAUUCUGUAGAYACCCUUAAGAAAACGACUCUGGUGUCAGCCAUUGACGUCUACGAGGACGAAGAACCCGAAAUGCUUCUCUCAUUUAAUCAUCAAUCGCUAUUUAAAAAGCUUACUGGAGAACAAACGUCUAAUUUUGUUUUCAACUGGAACUCCGCCCCUCGAUCAAUUGUUUGUGCGUUUCCUUAUUUAUUAGCUUUUACCAACACAACGAUUGAAAUCCGCUUGGUUGUCAAUGGUAACCUCGUACACACCCUUGUCCUUCCGCAUCUUAAUCUUAUUACGUCAAAGUUGGAUAUAUAUUUCACAGCAUCGCCACCCAAAGCCAACACUUCGAUAUCAAAUGGUCACUCACCCACCCCUACCUCGCCAAAAAACGAACAAUAUAGUAUUUAUAAAAUUUCGGUUUAUACGUUAAUGGGACAGUUUCUUUCACCACCACCUACGAUGAUGAUCCCUGAAGACGAACCRGUCGCACCCAGUCUCCUGUUAUCGUGCACGGACGAAGAUGAUGGCARCCACGAGCAACUACGUCGCGUUUCCGCAGAGCAAACAGCGGAUGCMGCGAUAUCGCCCAAGAAGGAAGCCAUAUCAAGAACUCGAUCGUCUCCUYUACCUUUACAUACGUAUGACACGGGAGGAAAACUUUGGACUCAAACUACCACAGAAAUGAAAAUAUCAUGAAUAUAGGACUUUUUUCGGCAAAAAAACUAACAGAGAACGAACUGGGACGGACAUAUGGAAUUAGUCUAGACUUUUACUUCGUUGUAAAGUCGCUAAUACCGCAGGACGGGAUGUUGCGUUUACGCGGGACUGUCGUUACGUACCGUCGAAUAACGAUGAAGGUGUUCCAGCAUACUGCUUAUGUCUAGUUUUACACGCAACUAUCAUCUCUUCAAAACUUCCCUUUCCUUUGCCGCGAAUUUUAGACGUUCUUACACUUUGACACUGACACUUCGUUGACGAAGUUUUUACGUGCUACUUCCGUCUCUUAACGUAAACGUACGUCAUCCUUAUCAAAACUCUCCGCCGAACAAGUUUAGAAGUACUUUCGGGUACUUUUGGAAGGGAGAAUUCUCCUGAUGCGCUUCACGCACGUAGUGCGUAACCGUCUGAUAUCCCCCGUGCGUAUUCUACAGACGUUACCACUGAACAUUCGAAGGCUUGUUUCAUACUUGCGUGAUUUACAGUGCGUCCAAGGGAAUAGCAGCUGCAUAUAUAUUUAUGAAAUAAAAGUCUUACACAAAAAGAAAGAGCUACUGAAAUUUCGACACAGGUCGUACGUUUGUAAAAUAGUUUAAGACGCCGAGCCUCAAACCCCCAGAUUACAUUCUUUACGUCUGAAAAUCUCGUUUAGCUCACUGACAGAAAAUUAUGGAGAAGAAGAAGCUACGAUGCAAGYCCGGUGUAAGGGAUACUGAUUUAUGACAUGUCUUAAAUAUCACGACCAAAUAAGAUAUUUAAUAAACAUAAUUUAUUAUAACCA